GCAAUAAUAUACCGGGAGUAAAUAAAAAUUUGAAGAAUUUCGGGUUUAGUAAGAGAAUUGUAAGCCGUUAAAUAAAAUACCGACUGUUAUUUUAAUUAUAGUUUUACAAUGGCCGGCACUAAACAAAAUUGUUGACAUUUGUGUUUUUUAUAUUUAUAUUUUAUUAGUUUUAAUUAAAUAAUUUAAGUAUUUAGUAAAUUUAAUCACGAUUAUUAAUUCUCAUUCAGUAAUUAGUAUUAAAUAAUUUAGUAAUUAUGGAAAUACCUGAAAAUUAUUACAGAUUAAGUGUUGCGAUCUUGGCGUUAGUUUGUGGAUUUCUUCAUCGAGAUCACGUCUCUGGAAUUUUUGAAAAUGAUAGACAUUUUUCGCAUCUGUCUGAAGUUGAGCGUGAAAUGUCAUUUCGUACGGAAAUGGGAAUGUAUUAUUACUAUUUUAAAAUAAUAACAGAGGCUCCAACAUUUUUUGAAGGUCUAAAAUUACUCUGGAACGACAGUUACUCGCAGUAUCCUAGAGAAAUAAAUGCCCAAAAAGUGUAUAAUUUAUUUCCAGAGAUUUUAGCGGGAUUCCUGUAUCAUAAGGCAAAACAAUUUAAUUUAUUUAAAAACCCGCAAUGCUGGCAGAUAGAAAGAGGCGAUGAUCUAUCGACGGUUAAAAGUUGCCAAGGAUUAGCGGUCCCUUCAUAUUUUUACACCGAAUUCGUCUGGUAUUUUGCGGGAAUGACGGGAGCGCUGAUAUUUUUAUACGCUACUUAUUUAAGUGACUCGAUAUUCGGUGGCCUCAUUGCUUUUUUAUCCUUCUUGUUCAAUCACACUGAGUGCACUAGAGUUCAGUGGACGCCGCCAUUACGUGAGAGUUUCGCGUACCCCAUUUUGUUGUGGCAAAUGUACACGAUUUCUGUAGUUGUUGACAAAUAUCGAUAUGUAAAUGUCGAUAAAAAAUUUAACUGGCGGUAUAUUUUCAAAGAUUUUCCUUUUUUGAAUAUUUUCAUACCAACAACACUGAGCUUAGCAUGCUGGCAAUUUUCCCAGUUCGUCUUGAUGACCCAAGUAAUCGCCCUCUUAAUUCUCCACUGGCUAAAAAUCCUCCCAAAAAUUUUGAUCCUGCAGUUGACAUCCGUCCACUUGCUCUCCAUAGGACUGAGUGGAUUUUUCGGCAACUUGAACUCGUUUUCCCUGUACGCAGCCCUUGUCGUCGGUAUAAUGUACAGCAACGACCUCCUAAUCCGCCUAGAGAACGUCCUGAGCGCGAACAUGCUGAUAAUUUUGGACAUCGUCGCGACCUUUGGUUUCACUUACCUCCAGAAAUUCAUUCUGACAAUGGCUUUCGAGGACUACAGUCAUAUAUUUGAUAUUCUAAAGGCCAAACUGACAAACUACAAAGACUUUCAUACACUACUGUACACUUGUUCUCCAGAAUUUGACUUCCUGCCUUACGCGACUUACGAAACAAUAGUAAGGACUUAUCUGCUACCGACUGCCAUCUUAGCUGGAGUCCUUGCUGUUUACUUCUCAUACAGAAACUAUAAAAUUAUCGGCUGGCCCGAUUGUAUUGAGGCGAGUGUCGCUUACAAUGCUCUGCAAACUGGCGCAUUUAUUGUCAUGGCCUCGAUGAUAAUGCGGCUUAAAUUAUUUAUGAACCCACACUUGUGUUUGAUCGCGGGUCUGGUGGUCAGCAAACGGUACCUAGAGAAAUUGGGACUUAAACAUGAAACUUACAGACAGGCAUUUAUUUUAGUGGUUGUUGCUGCGCUCUGCUAUCAGGGAAUUGAUCGUCUUGAGAAUGAGGAAAAAACUUAUGGAGAAUUUAGUGACAUUGAACAGGAAGAAUUGUUCACUUGGAUAAAAAAUAACACACCUGAAGACGCAGUAUUUGCGGGAAAGAUGUCACUGAUGGCAAACUUGUUGCUGACGACUCGCAGGCCUAUCGUUAAUAAUCCUUUUUAUGAAAGCAAAAUUAUGAGAGAUAGAACUCUUAAAGUCUAUGAAAUCUAUGGGAGAAAAGAUGCAGCUGCUGUUUAUGAAACUUUAAGGAAAAUGCAGGUUGACUACUUAGUAAUAGACGAAGGACUGUGUUAUGGUCUAAGAAAUCCAAAACCAGGUUGUCAAUUAAUAGACUUAUGGGACGUGAUGGACAACGGACGAGCUAAAAGUCUGGGCAAGCGUCCACUUUGCCCCACUUUGUCCGAGGGCAAUAGCCACCCGUUCAAAAGAGUAUUUGUAAACGAUCAUUACGUUGUUUUGAGGCUCGACUACUCGACUUACGUUGAAUUCAAACCCAACUUUCCAAUGGUAUUACAGUCUGCGUGAUGUUCGAUGUUUAUUUAUUUAUUUAUUUGAAAAUAAAUUAAAAUGACGCACAGCUUUUACCAAAUGUUGAAAUCGAUAAAUAUAAAUAUAAUCUCUUGUAAAUAAUAUAUAAAGUUAAAAGUAUUUAGUGUACUCACUGUGAUUAUAUUUUUCGCCAUAAA